AUGAAGGUUUUAAUAAAUAUUCUUUAGUAAUUUGCAAUGUUGUAUAUAAAAAUGGUAAGAAAGUAGGUAGAUGGGAUAUUUAGUUUAGGCCUGAUGGGAUAAACCAUUUACAAAAAUUGAAUAUAUAUUUGAGAACAGUUGUGAUUGUUAAUAUGAUGAAGCAGGUUAUUUGUUGACUUAAGGUAGAUAAUUGGGGGGAAAUAUCGGAUACUUAUAACACUCUAUCUUAAAUUACUGCAAAUGGGGAAUAUAAUAAUGGUAAGAAAGUUGGUGAACGGGUAGAAAUGACUGUAAAAUGA